AUGAAGAAGUUUGGCUUCGGCAAGAAGGGCGGCAGCGGUGACGAUGGCGACGACUCCAACCGCUCUGCCCUCUUCGGCCGCAAGAAAGCAUCUCCAGCGCCACAGUCCGACAACCCCUAUGCCCAGCAAGGCCCCGCGAGCGAUCCAUACGCCGAUACCGCUAAGUACGCCAAUAUAACCCCCUACCAGCAGGCCCGCCAAGGCAUCGGCGGUGGCCCGCGACCCGGCGGCGCUCCGGCUGGGCCCCCCUCGCAUAGCGAGGCGCCUCGCGACCCAGACAACUACGGUUCUGCGCCGCAGCCGUCGGGCUAUGGUGCCAACCGCUACGGCUCAGGCGGAGGCUAUGGCUCAGAUCGCUACGGAGGCAGCAGCAACGCCACUCCCACGGCCGGUGCUAGAGGCCCCGGUGGCUACGGUGGCUUCGGGCGGGCAAACGACAACGCGCCCGACGAGAACCGCGAUGCCCUCUUUUCUGGUGCUCAGGAACGCCUCUCAAACAGAGCAGAGCAACCUCCAGCAGCCGCUACAACUGCAGCCUCGGGCGCGUAUGGGCAAUCGGGGACCGCUGGGGGUUCGUAUGGCGGCUACGGCGAGCAGCGGGAGCUGACGGCAGAGGAGCAAGAGGAGGCUGAGUAUCAAGCCAUCUUGUCGGAGAAACGACAGGUUCAGCAAGAGAGCGCCGCGUCGGUCUCACGCUCGGUACAGAUGGCCAGGCAAGCCAACGAGGUCGGACAGGCGACACUUGCCCGGCUCGGCGCCCAAGGCGAGCGACUCCACAACACGGAGAAGAACCUCGAUCUGGCCGCGAAUCAAAACAAGAUUGCCCAGGACAGGGCGGCGGAGCUGAAGACACUCAACCGAAGCAUGUUUGCUGUGCACGUCGGCAACCCUUUCACCUCCAAACAGCGCCAGCAAAAGGCUGACGAUGAGGUCAUGAACCGCCAUCGCUCGGAGCGAGAUCAGCGAGAGGCGACGCGUCGCGACGGCUACACCGCUAACCAACGCAUGGAAUCCACGUUCCGCGACAUCAACUCCGCAGGUCGUCCUCGGCAGCAGCCUCGCAAGAAGGACUAUGGCAAGUUCAACCUGGACGAUGAGGAAGGUGCCGACGAACUCGAAGACCAAAUCGACGACGGCAUCACUGAGCUCGAGGGCCAGGUGUCGAUGAUGAACAUGGUGGGCCGGGCCAUUGGCAAGGAGGUGGACUCACAGAACAAGCAGAUUGACAGGAUCAUGACCAAGAGCGAUGCGGUGGACGACGCCACACGCAUGAACAGGGAGCGGUUGGCCCGUAUCCGAUAA